AUGGGUUAACAAUUGAUUGAAUAUUUCCCUCUAAAUACUUUAAUGCUUAUUAAUGGUUCAUUCCCUAUGCCUGUAAUGAUCACAAAGAAGCUAUUCAAUGCACAUCAUGAAAAGACUACUCCAACAAUCUAGUUGAAAAAGAAAAUAAGAAAAUUUUAUCAUAAGAGACAUUUUUUGUUUAAAAAAUUUGAUGAAGGCAUAAUAUUAGAUGAAGAAUCAUGGUAUUCUGUUGUACCUGAAGAAGUUGCUUCAUAUAUUGCUGAACGAUUACAUAAAAGAAUUAUAGAUCAAAAACUUCCAAUAAAUAAAGUUAUUGAUGGAUUCUGUGGAUCAGGUGGUUUAGCAAUUUAAUUAGCUUCUAAAUUUAAUAAUCUACUUUGUAUAGAUCUAGAUCCUGUUAAAUUAGAAAAUUUAAAAACUAAUGCAUUAAUUUAUCAAAGGACAAUUGAGACUCAAUUAAAUAAUUUUUUAUUGGUUGAAUAUGAAUAUGAUGAAAACACAAUUUUAACAUUAUGUCCACCAUGGUAUAUAUAUAUAUAUAUAUAUUAAUAGGGGUGGAUUGAAUUAUCAUAAAAAAGAGGUUUAUGAUCUAGAAACAGAUAUGAGUCCUUGUUUAUCUGAUAUUUUAAAAAAAGCCUUUUCUAUUAGUUGUAAUAUUGUACUUUAAUUACCUAAAAAUGUUUCAAUCUCUUAAUUAAUUACUAUAAUUCAAUAAUAAUCUUAAUAAUUAAAUUUUAAACGAUAUUCUAUUGAAAUAGAAAUGAUUUAUAUUAAUAAUUAAUUAAGUUAAUUGUUUGUGUAUUUUGGAUAGAUUGUUAAAUGCAAUUAUGAUGCUGAAAUAGAUUGCAUUCUAAAAUCACAAACAAAUUUAGAUAGAAAAACAAUUAAAGAAUAAGGUUUAAUACAAACAUUAUAAAAAUUAGAAAUCAAUGAUUAAGUUAAUUUAUUAAAAUAAUGA